AUGGCUCUCCGUCGUUUCCUUGCGUUGGAAAGACGACUCGUGAAGGAUCCUACCCUGAAGGAGCAGUACGUUCGAUUCAUCCAAGAGUAUGAGGAGUUGGACCAUUGCAGGGAAGUGGAUGAAGCCCGUGAUCAUCCAUCGCAUGGACGAUACUAUUUUCCCCACCACGCCGUGUUGAGACCAUCUAGCUCCACAACCAAGCUACGAGUGGUUUUUGACGCCUCGGCGCGACCAUACCAUGGCGCAAGGUCGCUGAAUGACGUUCUGCAAGUCGGUGGCAACGUACAAAAUGACUUGUUCAGUAUCCUCCUUCGAUUCCGCAGACAUGUCGUAGCCUUCACUGCCGACAUCACGAAGAUGUAUCGGCAAGUGCUGGUUGAUCCAUCGCAGACUUGUUACCAAAGGAUUUUCUGGAGAGAUAGCCCAGAUAAACCACUGAGAGUACUGGAGUUACAUACCGUAACGUACGGGACUGCCGCUGCACCUUUUCUAGCCACCAGGUGUUUGAGCCAGUUGUGCGAGGACGAAGGAGGCAGGUUCCCAAUGGCAGCGAAAAUAGUGCGAAAGGACUGUUACGUCGAUGACGUCCUUUCAGGAGCCGAGAGCGUAGAAGAAGCAGUUGAUGCCCAGCAGCAGUUACAACAGCUGUUGCGAUGUGGUGGAUUCCCGAUACAUAAAUGGAGUUCGAAUUGUCCAGCGAUGCUUACCAAUGUUCCCGAGACAGACCGAGAGAAACUGAUACGCUUGGAUCAAGAGUCGACCCGAGAAGUAGUCAAGACCCUGGGACUGACUUGGAGCCCCAAAGCCGAUGAUUUUGUGUUCGUUACCAGUAGUUGCGCCAAGGUUCCAAGUAAGUACACAAAGCGGAUGGUAUUUUCUGAGAUUGGUAGACUGUUCGAUCCGCUGGGCUUGGCAUCACCCGUUGUCGUUAUUGCUAAGAUGCUAAUGCAAGAGAUUUGGAAGUCUGGUCUACCAUGGGAUGCCGAGCUUGAUGGAGAAUUACUUCUGUGGUGGCUGACUUUCCGUGAUGCUUUACCAGGAGUUUGCGAGUUGAGCAUACCCCGCCGUGUGAUUUUCCAACAAGCCGUUGCCCUGGAAAUACACGGAUUUUCAGAUGCGUCGAUUCGAGCGUACGGAGCCGUAUUGUAUGUGAGAAGCAUUCUACCAGAUAGAACUGCACAGCUAGCCCUGUUGUGUAGUAAGUCGAAGGUGUCGCCUAUCGCUGAGGUGAGCAUUCCACGUAAGGAAUUGCUGGCUGCCCGUUUGCUGUCUCGACUUGUGGUAAAGAUUAUUGAUUCUCUUGAGCUGGAUAUUUCCAAUGUGACUCUGUGGUCCGAUAGUCAAAUUGUACUCGCAUGGCUCAGAAAACCCUUGGCUUCACUGCAGAUCUUCGUCCGAAAUAGAGUAUCAGAAAUUAACAAUGAGACUAGUGGCUACACAUGGAAGUAUAUCCCCACCAAGGAGAACCCUGCGGACAUAAUAUCAAGAGGCAUGCUUCCUAAUGCUUUGAAGUCAAGCGAGUUGUGGAGGAAUGGCCCAGGGUUCCUAUGGGAUUCUGAUUACCAAGUUGAGUCGCCAACAGAUAUCCCAGAUGCGGAGCUGCCGGAGAUGAAACAGAUCGUAGUUGUAGCGUCAACCGCCUUCAACAGAGACCAACUUCCCGUAUUUUCUAAAUACAGUUCCUUCCGUAAGCUUCAGCGAGUGAUAGCUUACGUCCAGCGUUUCAUCUCAAACUGUCGUGAGAAGGAUGACAAGCUCCGUGUCAAACAGAGACACACCAGUGUUCCAGAGCUCCGUAAGGCAAUGGAGCUGAUUAUAAAGAUCGUUCAGCACGAGGUUCUUGGAGAUGAAAUCAGACGGAUUAAUCAAAACGAGCCUUGUAAGAAAAUUGCACAGUUGCACCCCAUAUACCAGGAUGGAGUUUUAAGAGUCGGAGGGAGAUUGAAACACUCACCCAUGAUGUCAGAAGCAAAACACCCGUACAUACUUCCGAGGCACCCGAUUGUUGACCUGUUGAUUCGAGCAUACCAUUUGGAGAACCUGCACGAGGGACCGUCUAGUUUGCUUGCGAACCUGCGCACUCGUUUCUGGAUACUAGACGGACGAUCGGCCGUGAGGAAAGUCACCAGAGGUUGCGUCACCUGUUUCCGUGCAAACCCAAAAUGUUCCACGCAGCAAAUGGGCAAUCUACCUUCUUGUCGGGUCACGCCAGCUCAUCCAUUCGAGGUCACGGGCGUAGAUUAUGCAGGACCUGUAUAUGUGAAGCAAGGGCGCCACCGACCGAGAUUAGAGAAAGCAUAUCUGGGAGUCUUCGUGUGCAUGGUCACAAGGGCUGUACACCUGGAGUUAAUUUCCGACAUGACCACCGAAGCCUUUGUUGCGGCAUUGCACCGAUUCACCGCAAGAAGAGGAGUACCGAGAGAAAUCCAUUCUGACAAUGGAUCCAACUUCCGAGGAGCGAGAAACGAGUUGCACGAGGUGUUUGAAUUGUUCCGCUCAGAAGCGUUGGAGAAUGAGAUUGAGGAGUUUUGUCAGCCAAGGGAAAUUUCAUGGCACUUCAUUCCUCCUGAAGCGCCAAACUUUGGGGGAAUUUGGGAGGCUGCUGUGAAAAGCGCAAAAUUCCAUUUGAAAAGAACUCUCAAAGACGCUCGGUUAACAUUUGAGGAGUAUGUGACAGUCUUGGUUCAGGUUGAGGCAAUUCUAAAUUCAAGACCGCUCUAUUCCGUAUCGUCUGACCCGGGUGACCCUGAAGUGAUCACACCGGGACACUUCUUGAUUGGCCGGCCCUUAACUGCCAUACCGGAACCCAGCUAUGAGGGUAGCCCGGUCAAUCGUCUAAGUCGUUGGCAAUACCUCCAGAAACUGCGAGAAGGUUUCUGGCAUAAGUGGAAGCGCGAAUACCUUCAGUCCCUACAAGGUCGAAACAAAAAUAGAAAUAAGCAGUCAAACAUUCAGCCCGGUAUGAUUGUGCUGCUCGAAGAGAAGGACACACCGCCACAACGAUGGAAACUAGGCAAGAUUGUGCGAACCUACCCUGGAACCGACGAGUUGGUUCGUACCGUCGAUGUGCAGGUCGGAGAUUCCAUCUACAAGCGACCGAUAACGAAAAUCGCCGUAUUACCGAUUGAGGACAACAUCAUCGCGUCAGAAGCUUCUUCAGAGAGCAAGUCUCAGCCCGGGGGAGUAUGUUCACGCCCAAGCGAGAACGGAGCGCCAUGUGACAGCUCCAUAUGUUAUGGAAACAACGAGACACAGAAACCCGCCGAAACACCCAGAAACAUCGGGAAGCAACGACGCGGACGCGCCGGACGGGCACGAGAUGCGAACUCACCCGAGAGAGUGUCAUCGUCAUCAUCACCCAGCAGGGAGAGCGACGACGACCGUCAUCAACGCAGUAGAGAGAGCGAUGACGAGAGAGAGAGAGAAAGCGGCAGCGCCAGCGACGACCAGCGCGGCUACUUGCGUUGCAUUGAGAGUAGCCACCGCGCGCCGCAGGCGGCGGAGCACGUGAUGAUCCAGCGUGUUCGCGCGGGUGCGCGAACUUUCUAG